AUGUUCGCCCAAGUCUACUCCUCUCUGAGUCAUCUCUUUUUUCGCAAGAGGGAGGAAGAAAUACGCAAUUUCAAGGUCAAUAUACCUCAGAAUUUUGCGUGUUCCAAUCUUGUCAAGACGACAAAGUAUACCGUGUAUAAUUUUAUAUUCAAGAACCUUUAUGAACAACUAUCUAUACCCUCGAAUCUAUACUUUGUUAUUAUCGCAGUCUUGCAGACCAUUCCACAGGUCUCCUCGACGUAUGGGAUCCCUAUUAUGCUUCUUCCUCUAACAUUCGUGCUAGUUUGCUCGGCCAUAAAGGAUGCAUAUGAGGACCACCAGAGAUAUUUGUCAGAUAAUGAACUCAAUAACAACUUGGUACAGGUUAUCCAUAUUCCGGGUAUUACUACACAAAAGGGAAUUUCUGAUCUGCACAAGACUCUUACAAGGGUAGAUAGUCUUAAAAGGGCAUUAAACGAUGGUACCUUGAAGACUAUAUACUGGAAGCAUUUAAAAGUGGGAGAAUUUGUGAUCUUACAAAAUAAAGAUUUUGUACCUGCAGAUUUAAUCAUAUUGGCUACAUCGGAAGAAAAUGGAUUGGCGUUUGUAGAUACAUCAUGCCUAGAUGGUGAAACCACUAUUAAGAAGAAGGAAGCUAUACAUGGUGUUUAUCAGGAAAAGGAGAGAAAUUUGAAAAGUGCAAUGGAACGUGUAAAAGGUAUUUAUGGUUAUUUUACCUGUGAACCUCCCAAUAAAAAUCUUCUUAGCUUUGACGGUACCUUCAAGUACAAGCUUACUGAUCCCAAGCCUGCAGAUGUCAAAGAACAUGAAGAAUUUAACCAGGGAGAAUAUACAGAAGUCCAAGUUAAUCUUUCCCAUUUACUCUUAAGAGGCUGUAGACUAAUGAAUACGAAAUGGAUUAUUGGAUUUGUAGUGUACACCGGUCAUGAUACAAAAAUUUAUAAAAACAUAGCAAAUACACCACAUAAGGUUAGCAAUUUGCAGGUAAAGGCAUCUGCUAUGACAUUUAUAGUAUGGCUAAUGCAGAUUGUACUGUCUGUAUUUGCGGCAGUCUAUAAUGUUUACAAAUAUAAGAGUCGUACGGAUGAACAAUAUCCAUAUCUUCUUUACACUGGAGGAACAUCAUUAUUUUAUGUAUUUGUGGUAUCGUUCUUUUCUUGGGUCGUUAUAUCUGCCAAUUUUGUACCCAUUAGUGCAAUUAUGACUUUGGAUGUGAUUCGUCUGAUCCAGGGAUUCUUUAUUCAGGUUGAUACUGAAAUGUAUUAUGAGGAACUUGAUAUGUAUGCAAAGGCACGAACAACAACGCUGAAUGAAGAGCUAGGUCAAGUAGAAUAUCUGUUUUCUGACAAGACUGGUACACUGACUUGUAACAAGAUGGAGUUUCGCAAAUUUGCCGUUGCUGGUCAUUCAUAUGGAAAGGGUCAUACUGAUGUUAUCAGAUUUGUAUGUGCUAAAAAGGGUAUUGAAUUGGAAGAUGAAGUGUUUAAUCCACACUAUACAAAGGAGUCCUAUGUGAACCUUGUGGAUGAUGCAUUAUUUAAUGAGCUCAAGGAUACAAGUCAUCCCAGACAUCCUCAUCUAGUCGACUUUUUUUUGCAUCUCUUAUGUAAUAAUUCAGUGGUUAAUGAUUCGAAUGAUAAUGUAAAAGAGUAUCUUGCAAGUAGCCCUGAUGAAUUAUGUUUUGUUCAUGCGGCUGCUUUUGCUGACUUCAAGUUGAUUUCACGCAGCCUAAAUUUUUUGACCUUUUCCAUUUUUGACAAACAAUAUUCGGCAAAAAUACUAGCUCUUGUAGAAUUUGACUAUUUCAGACGAUGUAGUUCGGCUAUAUUGGCUUUUCCUUUGGAUCCUAGUACUGAUGUCAACGAUCCAGACCUUUCCAAAUUUAGGAUUGUACUAUUUUGUAAGGGUGGAGAUAAUGUGAUGACUAAAAAGAUUAAAAAUAUUUCAGAGUUGGACAAGAUAACCUUGUCAUACUGCAAAAAGUAUUGCGUCGGAGGUCUUCGCACUCUAUUGUUUGCGAAACGUGAGCUUUCGGUGCAAGAAUUUAAUGAAUGGUAUGUAAAAUACAAGGAAGCAUCAUCGGAUAUUAUGAAACGUGGUGAACUGAUUUCAAAAUGUAUAGACACCAUAGAGGUGGAUUUGGAGUUACAGGGAGUAACUGGAAUUGAGGAUAAGCUACAAGACGGAGUAGGAGAAACUAUUGAAAAGCUUGGAAAUGCAGGUAUUAAAAUAUGGAUGCUUACUGGUGAUAACCUGGAUACUUCUAUAAAUAUUGCCAUUGCGACAAAUUUGCUCAUGCUUUCCUCAGAUCGCAUAAACUUGGAUUCGUCAUCGUGUCCACCAGAAAAAUUAGCAACAUGCCUAAAAGAGCAUAUUAAACGUAUAGAAGAGGAAAAUGAUCCCACAAAGCACAGAUGUGCUAUUAUCGAUACCAUAUCAGCAGAAGAAUUGAUAAAGGAUGAAAACUGUCACGAUUUUGUCAAAUUAUUUACCCUUUGUCAUACUGUAAUUUGUUGCAGAAUGACACCAUAUCUCAAAGGAACCAUUGUAAAUUUAGUUAAACAAAAGCUUAAAAAGAUUACUCUUGCUGUUGGAGAUGGAGCAAACGAUUGUAAUAUGAUCCAAACCGCACAUGUGGGUGUAGGCAUAAAGGGAAAGGAGGGCUCUCAAGCAUUUAACAACUCUGAUUUUGGAAUUGGCCAAUUUAGAUUCUUAGUACCAUUGCUGCUCAAUCAUGGAAGGUGCUGUUACCGCCGCAUUUCAAAGUCUAUUGCUUACAUGUUCUACAAGAACAUUAUUUUAAUUGUACCACUUUUUUACUACGGAUGGAUAUCAUGUUUCAGUGGGCAAAAGCUCUACUUUUCCAUUUACAUGGCCUUGUACAAUGUAUUUUUCACUGGAAUGCCGGUUAUAAUCCUUGGUGUUUUAGAUACUGAUAUCUCCAAACAUCUUGGUUACAAGUAUUCACACAUGUACCAGCUUGGACAACGCAACUAUUAUCUCAAUACAAAAGUGUUUGUUGGAUGGAUACUCAAUAGUAUCUUCCAGUCUUUUAUCGUAUUUUUAAUCGUAAGUUUUGGGCUUUCGGAUAUGUUUUCUGUCGCCUUCACAAAUGGGAUGCUUGCAGAUGUCCACACAAUCAGUGUAACUUUAAUGUCAAUCAUUCUAGUUAUAGUCUCUAUUAAACUCAUACUGGAGACGUGGUACUAUAAUGUGCUCUGUACGAUAUCCCACUCGGUUGCAAUUUACGCCUAUAUCUUGUCACUUUGCGUAUUCUCACAGGCUCCGCCAUAUGCUGGCGGUGUUAUGGGAAGUGCCUUUGCAAUCUUCUGCAGCAUGAGGUUUUGGAUAGUUUCUCUAACAUCGGUGCUUGCGGCAAUGUAUAGAGACUAUUUUUAUAAGGUGGCUAUCUACUCAUUUUCACCACGUUACUACCAGUACAUUCAGAGGGUAGAGUAUUUGAAGAUGGAUGAAAAAGUUGAAUUCGGAGAGGUUAAAGAAUAA